CCCUCUGACACAUAUAUGACAUGUACAUUUAUGACUUUAUUCUCGUAAUAUUACGACUUUUUUUCUUGUCAAUUUAUGACAUUUCUUCUCGUAAAUGUACCACUUUAUUCUCAAAGUCUGUGAUUUUUUUUAUUUUUUUUCCAUUGUGGCCCUAACACGUACUUUUUUUCCCCAUUUGUGCUGUUUUUUUUAGUUUUGUUGUUGAAUCGUAUUUUAACAAUGUGCUGCAGGCCAAUUUAAAAAAAAAAGCAAACUGUGGGCCACAAAUGGCCACACUGUGGACACCGCCAUCUUUUCAUUAUUUUUGCAGAGAGUAAACAAAUGUAGAUAUUGUCAAAAACCCCAAGGGAACGCUGCCUUUUGUUUUUAAACCCCAAAAAUGUAAAAUAAAGAACAAUCCCAUUUCCAGCAGAGGUAUUUAGAAUACUGUAUUUGUUUUGAAACUAACAGAAGUAGUUGCCGCUUUUAUAGCGCUGCUUUGAAUGACAUCGCCAUCUAGUGGCGUGGCAUACAUCAAGUAUUUAUAAUACUGUCAAAACCCCAAAGGAAAAACUGCGUUUUGUUUUGUUUUUAAACACUGGAAAGGCAACAAUUUACUACACAUUUGACUGAAUCCAACAGCGGUUUUACAGCAUUAAUUUGUGACGGUUCAAUUAAACAGAAAUCGUAUUGACAAUAUGAUGAAAAACCCAAAGGAAAACUGCCUUUUCUUAAAACGCUGAAAAAGGUGACCACAAGAAUAAGCCAGUGUACUUCAUCCAACACAGGUGCUGUAGUCAAAAGGCCGUUUUUGACAUCGCUAUCUAGUGGCAUGCAUAUUGCAACGUUGUCUGAUUUCUUUCCCCCUAUUUUUGCACGAUCUUUGAACUGUAAACACACUUUAAAGAUAUGACUUUAACCUGUGAGAAGAAAUGAAAUGAAACAUGUAAUGGUAAGGGAUUGUACAUCAUUAUUCCUAAACAUUUGCUUUAGAAAAUGUUUUUUAAGACUCGAAGAAUAGAAACAUGCCGGGAAAAAAAGCAAUUCGCAGUUAAUCUAAAGCCUUCCUUUAAAUAAAAAAAACGACAUCUAAUGGGAUGUUCCGGCUCAGUGCCUGCGCCUUUAAGACAAGCAUCGCUGGGUGUCUGAUUGAUUUAAUAUUCACCGACGUGCCAGUGAGAAACCUUGUUAGACACACACAGACUCACGUCAGUCUUCUUAAAAGCCUCUUUGAAGAUGAGGACGUCUUGAGGAUGGCCUGUGCGCAUUUGGACUAAAAGUGCACCAUUGCCCAUCGCUGGAAGGGUUUUUUUGGACAACACCAUCCCAUUAAAGGACGUCGGGCGGCAUGUCGGAAAAACACGGCAUUGACGACUCCAGCCGUCAGACAAUGCAGCCCCCUCCAUACAUCCCGGGACCCCAAGACCCUAACGUACCUCAGCACCCCAACAUGCCGCCGGGCGCCCAGCCCGGCUAUCCCCCGCUGCCGCCACCUACGGGCUCGGAGGGAUACCUCCAAGAGACUCAGUUCCACUGUAACACAAUGGGACCCCCUGGUGCUCCACAAGGCUACACAGUCCAGACCCAGGGUCCGGGAGGGACCAUACCUCACCCCCCGGUGGGAUACCUCCACCCAGGGUACCCUCUGCAGCUGCAGCCGUGCACAGCUUACGUUCCUGUGUACCCCAUGGCAUCGGGACAGCCGUACAUGCCAGCCACAGGAGGCCACCCAGCGAUCCCACCGGGUCAGAUUCAUCCCAUGCAAAUGCCUCCCAACAUCACGCUAAUGGACCGCAGACCUCCACACGACUACCUGCCCAUCGCAGUGCUCACCACUGUGUGUUGCUUCUGGCCCACCGGCAUCAUUGCCAUCAUUAAAGCAGUGCAGGUGCGCACGGCCAUCGCCAGAGGGGACAUGGUCACGGCGGAGAUCGCCUCCCGCGAGGCCCGCAACUUCUCCUUCAUCAGCCUGGCGGUCGGCAUCGCCUCCAUCGUGCUGUGCACCAUCCUCACCGUGGUCGUCAUCAUCGCCUCGCAGCAUCACGACGACGACUGGGAGCCGUAACGGCGCGCCGCAUCCAAAACCAUUACCGCUAGUUCAUUACACGGAAACGGGAGCACUGGUAAUUGCUACACACCCACGCGACCAAACACACACGUAAAACACACACCGGAUGCCAAAUACUAACUGAAAGAGUUGUUGCAGUUAUCCCACUUUACAUUCUCAUGGGUACCGCGACAAAAAGAGGUUUAAGUCACUAAAAUACAGUGGAACCCGCUUAUGUCAACAACUUUUCACAGUCCAACAUGUUCUUAUUCCUAAAAAGCGCCCACUUAAGUCAACAUCAACAUACAGUACAUGGUGGAAUGCUUCAUUCAACAUCUAAUUUUACAUACAAAGGGGUCAUUUCUUGAAAAAAAUGGGUCCGUUUAUGUCGACGUGUGUUGUUGUAUGGUUAAUUUCGUCAUUAUCACUAAGCAGCGUGAAACGCGCUUCUGUCGGCAUCUUAUUACAGCGUUCCCUCGUUUAUCCCGGGGGAUAGGUUCCCAAAAUAACCCGCAAUAAGUGAUAUCUUACAUUUUUUUUACGAUGAUUAUAUAUGUUUGAAGGCUGAAAACCCCUCACAAUACGCUUUAUACACUUUUCUUAGACAGGCAUUAACAUUUUCUCACAUUUCUCUAUUGUUUAACUAAAAGUAGUUCAAACUUUUGUUUGAAUUUUAAUGAUCAACCUUAAUGAUCAACACAAGAAAUGAUGAAGUCACUCACAUAUAUUUCACUCCUGUGACCGUGCCUUUCUGUCCUCGUGCCGUUCCGCUGUACUGUAGCGUUUUUGUAUCCUUGUUAAAACAUAUUGCUGCAGACGAACCGAAGAUUCAUUUACAAGCUAGCAAGCAAGCAAGCUAGCGAUGACACAGGAGACACGGCAGGACAGCACAAAGGAAAUUUAUUGACAAUGGUCUACAGCCAAUCAGGACGCAGAAAACAAUAGCCGGUGCAGACAGACGAGAGAGAGAAGAGAUAAGACACUCAACUUCCCACACAAUGCAGUUUUUCUUAAAGGGCCAGGCUCGGCCUGGAACAGCUUUCAUACGCUGUAAUGGAAAAAAAAGAAGCACUAAAAAAACAGCGACAGCGAAUCCGCCAAAGGUGAACCGUGAUAGAGCGAGGGAACACUGUAUUACAAAAAAGUACCCGCUUAAGUCGACACGCAUGGUGGUCGACAUAAAAUUUGACAUCGAAAGGUGUCAUUUCUAUGAAAAAUGCGUCAGUUUAUGUCGACAUGUGUUGUAGUAUUGUUAACAUCAUCAUUAUCACUAAGCAGCGUGCAACCCACUUAUGUCAACAAACCGUCUUUGUCCCGGUCCACCGUGUUCUUGUUACUAAAAAGCGCCCGCUUAAGUCAACGUCAACAUACAUGGUGGACCGCUUUUUUCGACAUAACAUUUGAAAUCCUAGGGGGUCAUUUAUAAGAAAAAUGGGUUUGUUUAUGUCGAAAUGUGUUGUCGUAUUGCUAACGUCAUCAUUGUCACUAAGCAGCAUGGAACCCGCUUAGGCCGACAUCUUAUUAUUACAAAAAAAGCACCCGCUUAAGUCGACACACAUGGUUGACCGCUGUUGUCGACAUACAAUUUCAGAGCAAUUUCUAUGAAAAAUGUGUCCGUUUAUGUCGACAUGUCCUGGUCAACAGAGUUCGUACUGCAAAAAAGUGGCCGCUUAAGUUGACGUCGACAUGCAUGGUCGACUGCUUUUGUCAACACAAAGGAUAAUUUUUAUUAAAAAUGGGUUCGUUUAUGUCAACAUAUGUUGUCAUAUUGUUAACGUCAUUAUCACUAAGCAACAUGAAACCCACUUAUGUCGACAAAUCAUCUUUGUCGACCAAGUCCCGGUCUACUGCGUUUUUUUUUAUUACUAAAAAGUACCCGCUUAAAUCAACCGUUUCUGUCAACAUGAAAUUUGAAUACCAAAGGAGUCAGUUCUAUGAAAAAUGGGUCCGUUUAUGUUAACUUCAUUAUUAAUACUAAACAGGGUGAAAUGUCGACAACCUGUUUUUGUCGACCAAUUCAUCAAGUCUUGGUCGACCGCAUUCGUAUUACGACAAAGUGCCCGCUUAAGUUGACGUCGACAUGCUUUUUGUCCGAAUGUGAAACCCGCUUAUGCUGACAUCCUGUUUUUUUCGACUAACUCAUCCAGUCCCACUUCACCGCAUUCGUAUUAUAGGGCCCGCUUAAGUUUACGUCGACAUGCAUGGUCGACUGCGUUUGUCGAUACAAAGGGUCAUUUUUUAUUAAAAAUGGGUCUGUUAAUAUCAACAUGUGUUGUCACAUUAUUAACGUCAUCAUUAUUACCCGCUUAUGUCGACAAAUCAUCUUUGUCGACCAACUCAUCAAGUCCUGGUCUACCGUGUUUUUUUAUGACUUAAAAGUACCUGCUUAAGUCAACCGUUUCUGUGAACAUAAAAUGUGAGUACCAAAGGUGUCAGUUCCAUGAAAAAUGGGUCCGUUUACGUUGACAUGUGUUGUGGUAUUAUCACUUAACGGUGAAAUGUCGACAACCCGUUUUUGUCGACCAAUUCAUCAAGUCCUGGUCAACCGCGUUUGUAUUACAAAAAAGUGCCCGCUUAAGUUGACGUCGACAUGCUGUUUGCCUGAACGUGAAACCCGCCUAUGUUGACAACCUGUUUUUGUCGACUAACUCAUCCAGCCUCGCUUCACCGCAUUCGUAUUAUAAAAAAAGCGACCGCUUAAGUUUACGUCGACAUGCAUGGCCCACCGCUUUUGUCAGCACAAAGGGUAAUUUUAUUAAAGAUUAUAUUCAUUAAAAAUGGGUUUGUUUAUGUCAACAUGUGCUGCCAUAUUGUUAACUUUAUCAUUAUCACUAAAAGCAACGUGAAACCUGCUUAUGUCCACAAAUCUUUUAUCAAGUCCCGCUCCACCGCGUCGACCACUUUUGUCGGCAUAAAAUUUGAGGUCCAAAGGGUAGAAAAAUGGGUCCGUUCAUGUGGACGUGUUGUUUUAUUGAUAACUUCAUCAUUGUCGCAAAGCAGCGCGAAACGACAACAUCACAUAACUACGGUCUUGUUUACACAGCAUUGAAACGAGCUUCCUGUUCAGUGCGAAGUAGGCUUCAAAAUAAAAGCAUGUGAACCCGGAUUUUACCACCAGAGUAUAAAAUAUGAUAGGAAAACACAAGAAUCUAAAUGGCAAACUUGGCUUUUUCAAUUUCGGUUGUGUCGACAACCGCUUAUGUCGACAUGAACGGGAUCCACUGUAUACUAAGUAUGUGUAUAUAUUUCCAGUAUGUAUGAGUAUUUUCUUGGUGGAAAAACAGUGCCAUGUCGAAACAGUGUGCUGCUAUCGUAUUACUGCUGACGCGCCAUCGAGCUAAUUUUAACUGUUAAGCGGAGCCGAUCGAUACUUUGAAAACACCAAAUGUAGGCCGGUGCAGGCUGGGGAAAAUGUUUUAAAUUGUAUAUAUUUAAAAAAUGUUAUUUAUUGCUUUACUCGAUAGCUGCUGUGCAUUUGUCACACUUUUUUUAUUGUGAGAUGAUGCGGCUUCUGACAUGCAUAGUGAAGUACACGCAUGACAAUAAAUGCGUUUGUCGUAACGCAGCUCUAAAAGUAGAUGAUUUAUUUAGCUCUAGUAAUCGCCGUGUAGACGCUGACUUCAGUGGAAGCAUUAUUAAUUUUGAUAUUUUUUUAGACGUGUAAUGGCCUAUAUUGCAUUGCCUUGACAUAAGGAGGCAGCAUAAGCUUGCAUGUCAUCCUCAGUUUGUUUCCAUUUAUUUGAAAUAUUGGGGCUUGAUAUGAGCUGCUAUACAGUGUUUAUUCAUACUCAGUACGCAGUUGUCCUGUGCAGUGAGUCGGAAUUUGAUUCCCUUUCAAUACAGCAUUGGAAAACUACGACGGCGUAUUAGGGCCACAUUGGGGAAAAAAAUCAGAGAUUUUGAGAAUGAAGUCGUAAUAUUACGUGUCAUCUUGUCAGAGGGAAAAUAGAGCACAGCUCUUAAGGAAGGAAGGACACUUUCCUCUCGCUUCAGGCAAGCUUUUACUUAUAACUUCGCGCAAAACAGAACAGUUGAGCAUUUAGGGAGAGAGGGAGAGGAGGAGAGGAGUGGGGGAGAGAAGGAUGUUGGCUAAACUGACAUCCAUCAUGGACAACACCUCUCACCGCUACAUGAUACUGUUGUUUCUCUGGGCAGCUCCUUCAGCAGCAGACUGUUACACCCACGGUGUAAGAAGGAGAGGUUCCGCAGGUCCUUCAUACCGACCGCUGUCAGGCUCUAUAACACCUGCACCACCUGAACCAUGUUGUAGUCAAUAUGCAUUUCUUUACACUGUACUCUUUACUUGCGUAUCUUGCUUGCUGCUGUAACAAGUAAAUUUCCCCGCUGUGGGAUAAAUAAAGUACAAAUACAAAUACAAUACAAUACAAUACAAUACAAUACAAUACAAUAGAUUAGAUUAGAUUAGCAUGUCUAGCCCUUCUCACUUCCGCCUUCCGCACCCCGCCCCCUCUACAUGUCCAAGACCAAAGGUCACAUAAGGCCCCCCCCUUUUCAUAGCUGUCUCAGGCAAUGCCUGUAGCAUAAAGUUGCGAGUUCUUUCUCGUAAAUGUAGGACUUUAUCGUCGUAAUAUUACGAGAUUUUUUUUGUAUAUUUACGACUUGGUUGUGGUAAAUUACAACUUUAUUCUUGAAAUCUCAGAUUAUGUUAAUACUCCGUCGUAACAGGCAUUGCUUGAGACAGGUAUGAAUGGUGGGACUUAUGUCACCUUUGGCUUUGGGCAAAGGUAAUAUUUCGACUUUUUUUCUCGUAAUAAAAAAAAAAUGUAGCCCUAAUACUCCGUCGUAGAAAGCUUCAAAAUGAAUGAAUCACGCCUCAGACUGGUUCGUAGUACUUUGGUCUUUUUUCUAAAUUCUCAUGUCAUUUAAUUCCCAGACAUGUUUCUAACAUAUCUUGCUUCCCCUUUUUUGGUACUGUUUUCAAAAAUUAUAUUAUUAAGGAACGAAAAGUGUUUUAAGUGUUUCGUUUUGUUUUUGGUUAUGUUGGAAUGAAAAAAAAAACAACAACCAAAUUUGCUAUAUUGCUAAAAAAAAAAAAAAAAAAACAAUCAGGCAAUGCAAUGAAAUGAAAGGCAUUGCGCAUAUUUCUUAUUUAAAAAUGUAUUGCUCUAAAACCCGUUGCACCGAAAGUAUUGAUUAUAUUUUACGCUUGCACAGUAAACCGUCGCUUGUAAAUCUUGUUCAGUCGACACUCCAAUCAAUCAAAUUAAACGCUCAACUGGUUUCUCACACUUGUUAUUUUGUUAAAUAUAAAACGAUUACGUUGAAAAACAAUACUCUCGUGGCACUGACAUAACUAUGUGACAUAUAUACAGUAUGUAUAAUGUGAAUUGCACUUAUUUGUUGUCAUAACCUCAUGGAAUAGCAGGAUGCCCCUAAAGUCUGGACACAAAAAUGCAUACUUUAUCUAAUUGUAAAAAAAAAAUAAAUCACUUAAAUAUUGACAUAAUAUGAAUAAAUACAUGUUUUUUUCUUUUUAAUGUAUUUUUUAAAUUCGGAAAUAUAAUCUUUUAUUUAUUAUGGUUUAUUUUUUCAUUGCUUUUAAAAUUAUUAUUACAUAUUUAAUGAUUUCUUCCAUCCAUCCAUCCAUUUUCUAUGCCGCCUCUCCUCCUUAGAGUUGCGGGGGCAUGCUGGAGCCUAUCCCAGCUGACUUCGGGCGACAGGCGGGGUACUUUUUUUAUGUGUAUGAUAUGUCCAGACUUUAGGGACACCCCGUAUAUUUCAAUGAGAUGGAAUAUCCAGCAGAAGACAUGGUAAAUUUCCAAUCAGCGUUGUUCUAAAGUAGAUAAUAAUGCACAGUUGGUGUUUUUACUAAAUAGUCAAGUCAGUCUUAGCAUAUUUAGUUGAAUACGCUGCAUUUCCUUUAGUGCUCUCUCAUGCUUUCUAUUGUGAGCUGUUCCGUAUUUGAUUUAAAAGACCCCGUGUGAUAGCAGGCUGACAAAUAAAUACAAGUGUUUGAUGCUGAUGGUUUAUGCUUCUGAAUAAAAUAAAGGAUGAAGCUCUGUCAGUGA